UCCGGAACAGGCCCAGCAGGUAACUAGGCGGAGCCGGCCGCCAGGGCAAGAGGGCACGACUGCAGGCUGAUCUGAGGAGGCAGUGGCCUCCGGACAGGGCAGACAACACCAUGGCCCUCCUGAUACACCUGCUGGUCUGCGUCUUUGGAACAGGCUCCUGGGUGGCCAUCAAUGGGCUCUGGGUAGAGCUGCCCCUGCUGGUGAUGGAGCUGCCUGAGGGCUGGUACCUGCCCUCCUACCUCACAGUGGUCAUCCAGCUGGCCAACGUCGGCCCUCUCCUGGUCACCCUGCUCCAUCACUUCCGAGCCACGUGCCUUUACGACGUGCCCAUCAUCUUCACCAUGCUGGGUGUGGGCACCAUCUCCUGCAUCCUCUUCGCCUUCCUGUGGAACGUGACCUCCUGGGUGCUGGGUGGCCUCCGCAGCAUCGCCUUCCUGGUUCUCACCUUCUUCCUGUCCCUGGUGGACUGCACCUCUUCCGUCACCUUCCUGCCCUUCAUGAGCCGGCUGCCCGCCCACUACCUCACCACCUACUUCGUGGGCGAAGGACUCAGUGGCCUCCUGCCCAGCCUGGUGGCUCUUGCCCAGGGCUCAGGUCUCACCACCUGUGUCAACGUCACUGAACCAUCAGGCACCCCCUCAGGCCCUGUGACCUCCAGGGACAACAAUAUCCCCCAGGGAGUUAACAACACUCUGGCGCCUGACCUCCCUGGGACCGCAGCCUCCGUUGUCCACCUGGAAAGCCGCUACCUCCCUGCCAACUUCUCGCCCCUGGUCUACUUCCUCCUGCUCUCCUUCAUGAUGGCCUGCUGCCUGGUGGCUUUCUUCUUUCUCCAGCGCCUACCCAGGUGCUGGGAAGCCUCCAUGGAAGACCUCUUCAAAUCCCAGGUCACACUCUACUCCAUCCGGCCACGGGCUGAGAAGGACCCGGGCGCCCCAGGCCCAGUGCACAGCACCAAGGACCAGGAGCAUCUGGAGGGGGACUCGGGCCCCCGCCCCCCGGCUCCCCUGAUCUUCAUCUACAUCCUGGUGGCGUUUGUGAACGCGCUCACCAACGGCGUGCUGCCCUCCGUGCAGACCUACUCCUGCCUGUCCUACGGGCCAGCUGCCUACCACCUGUCGGCCACCCUUGGCUCCAUGGCCAACCCGCUUGCCUGCUUCCUCUCCAUGUUCCUGCCUAACAGGUCUCUGCCAUUUCUGGUGGUCCUCGUGGUGCUUGGGUCUGGGUUUGGGGCCUACAACCUCGCCAUGGCUGUGAUGAGCCCCUGCCCGCUCCUGCAGGGCCACUGGGGUGGCGAAGUCCUCAUCGUGAUCUCGUGGGUGCUGUUCACUGGCUGUCUGAGCUACGUCAAGGUGAUGCUGGGCGUGAUCCUGCGCGACCAGAGCCGCAGCGCCCUCGUGUGGUGCGGGGCGGCGGUGCAGCUCGGCUCGCUGCUCGGAGCGCUGCUCAUGUUCCCGCUGGUCAACGUGUGGAGGCUCUUCUCGUCCGCAGACUCCUGCAGCCUGCACUGCGCCGCCUAGGCCGGCAGGAGGCGCAGGGACCAUGCCAGGGCGCCAGCCCCUCCCCCCACCCCAUUGCUAACACCUGGAAACAGGCCCAGAAACUGGGUAAGGGGAGUGCCAAGGUCACGGAGCGGGGUGCAGAUGCCGAACUUGAGGACUCAGUCCAUCAACACAAACUCCGGCUGGGAACUGAAUGCAGCGGGUGUCCCGUGGGACCUGAAAAUGCAAAGCCCUCCCCCCACACGCUCACACCUCUUCCUGUCACCCCUCCCGACCUGCUUCCUGGAAGGUGACCUGGGAGGCAGAGCGAGAUGUUUAGGGGGGAGGUGGGAUCCUAUCCCAAGCCUCUGAAAGUGAGGUUCCCCACCAGGCUGGAGACUGGAAUUGCAGAGCCUUAGAAGCAGUUCUCUCAACUGGAGGGGAAGAGUGUUAUUUUGUUUUACUUUUUCCUUUCCUUUCUUUCUUUCUUUUUUUAAUAAAGACAUUCCCUGCUUUUAUACUCAGAGCAAACUUGAAAGGACAAGUCCAACCUGCAUCCCCCAAAAGUAUCAAUAGUCAGUUGUCAGUGGUUUCUAUAGUGCUGUUGCUUUAUCUGCUUGCUUGCCACUCUCCCCUCCCCUGCCCAAUUCUUCCCAAUA